AUGGCAACGAUGUGGCAGGUCCUGUGGGUGGCCAUCCUUGUCACGAUCCUGCUCCCCGUGGCACAGGCAGACAAAAGCUCAGCAGACUGGCUACUCCAGGCGAAUGCAGCUCUCACAUCGUUUGACUACGCCGGCGCCUUGGACGCCUUUGACCACGCUAUCGAGCUGGACCCUGACGCGUACCUGUCCUACUUCCGCCGCGCUACGGCCCAGCAGGCGCUCGGACGGACAAAGGCAGCCCUCGAGGAUCUGGAGGCUACGAUACAGCGCAGUCCCUCGUUCAGUAAGGCGUAUCUGCAGCAGGCGCGCAUUGAGCUCAAGGAGGGCAACUUGGACCAGGCGCUCCACGCUCUCAAGUCUAUGGACAAGCACGGCGCCGCGCACGCGGCCAAGGACAAGACGCAGGCGGCUGAGAUCCGCGGUCAUAUACAGCAUGCGCAGAAGCUCCGUAAGAAACUCGACAAGAAGAGCUACGCAUCACCGGACGACUGUCUGCAGGUAGCGGACGAGUUGCUCAAGCUCGCGCCCAACGACCUUCUAGCGCGGAAGCAGCAUGCAGAGUGUGCGUUACAGCAGGGAGAUCUCGAAGCAGCCUUUAUCGACUGGACACGCCUGGCCCACUUGGCGCCGGAGCCGGAGCUGCAGCUGCGUCUCUCGAUGAUCGCCUACUAUCUCCUCGGCACGAAGGGCUCGCAGAUGCAGGACGCAGGCCUUACAAACCUCAAGGCGUGCUUGCACAAUGACCCAGAUAAUAAAGCGUGUAUCCGUGCGCACAAGCAGCUGCGCAAAAUUGAUAAGGCUAUCCAGAAGGCGCGCAAGUUCGCCGAGAGCGACAGCUGGAGCGCCGUAGUCAGCUCGCUCAAAGGCACCAAGGUCGGUGGACCGACGAUCUACGAAGAGAUUGAGGCUCUGCUGAAGGAAGGACUUGCUUCGCAUGUGCUACCCGCGCAAAUUCCCAACCCAGCCGCCCGCAGCAAACUGCUGCAGGAGAUCGAGAGCCUCUACUGCCAGGCCUAUGUUGAGCAGAAUCUCAUUCGCAAAGCCAUGCCAUGGUGCGACAAGCAGCUUGUGCAUGAUCCCAACAAUGUACCCGCGUUGAUCGCUAAGGGUGAAGAGAAAAUGUCGCAGAAUGAGUACGAGGAAGCUGUCCGCCUUUUCUCUCAAGCCCUGGAGCACGCCUCUCCCAUGGACCGCAGCGUGCGUGCACGCCUCGUCAAGGCACAGAAGCUGCUCAAGCAGUCCAAGGCGAAGGACUACUACAAAGUGCUUGGCGUCUCGCGUGACGCGGACGACCGCACGAUCAAAAAAGCGUAUCGUCGCCUGGCCCGUGAAUACCACCCUGACAAGGGAGGUAGUCAAGAGAAGAUGGCUGAAAUCAACGAGGCGUUUGGCGUGCUUAACGACCCGGAGCUCAAGGCGCGCUAUGACCAAGGCGACGACCCGAACGAUCCGACGGGCGGACAGGAGGGCGGCUUUGAGCAUCCAUUUGCGGGGCAGGGGCAACCAUUCGGGGCCCGCGGCCAUCCGUUCGCCCAGUUUUUCCAGCAGGGACACUUCCAGCAUGGGGGCGGUGGCCAACAGUUCCAUUUCUCAUUCCAGUAG